AUGCUCCGCCUACUGUCCCUCACGAUCCUAGCCCUAUGCUGGCACAUCCUGAGCGUACACUCAGCAGCAGUCACCCACAUAUCACGAACCCAAUGCCAGGCCAGUGGAACCCACUGCCCACCAGGGACAAUCUUCGUCUCAGCAACCGACAAACGCGCCGACUACACAACAGUCCAGAGCGCCAUAGACUCUCUUCCAGACGACACAUCAUCCCAAACAAUCCUCAUCCUCUCAGGCUCAUACACGGAACAACUAAACGUCACCCGUGCCGGCCCACUCACCCUACUAGGCCAAACGUCCAACCCCAAGGACGCAUCCAAAAACAAAGUCACCAUCACCCGAGCCGCCGCCAAUCUGGAUAGCACAGGCGAAAGCGUCGACAACGUCUACUCCAGCGUUCUAAUCGUCUCGCCAACCCUAGACGCUAGCCUAACAGGCUCAGGACCAACAGGCUUCGCCGUACCAGCCGAUACACCUUUCGGAAACAAAGAUUUCCGUGUCUACAACAUCGACUUCACAAACACAUAUGCCGAGUACUCCGCCGGCCCAGCCCACGCCAUAAGCUUCAGCCGUGCAAACGGGGGCUUCUACUACUGCGGCUUCUACUCCUACCAAGACACGGUCUACGUUGGAAAACUCGGAAACGCUUACUUCUACAAGUCCAUCCUGGCAGGCCAAACAGACUUCCUCUACGGCUUCGGUACAGCCUGGAUCCAAUCUUCCUCCGUGGUUCUUCGCGGCUGCGGAGGCGGUAUAACGGCCUGGAAGGGAACGAACACGACGUUUGAAAACAAGUAUGGUAUUUACAUCGUUGACUCGACUGUGAAGGCGGCGAAUGCGUCUAUCAAGCCGGAGAUCGAGGGUUCGUGUGCGCUGGGCCGGCCGUGGAACUCGCAGCAUCGUUCCAUCUUUGCGGAUACGUACGAGGACGGGAGUAUCGAGGCGAGUGGGUAUAUUAAUUGGAUAGUGUCCGGGGUGGGCAGGUAUGAGAAGGGCAUUACGCUUAUGGCGGAGUAUGACACGUUUGGACCAGGGUUUAAUGCUACGGGCAGACGGGAUGGAAAUGUUACUACAUUGUUGGAUAAUUGGGGAUACGAGGCUUAUAGUGAGCCGAAGAAGGUAUUCCAGGACCAGGAGGGGGCGUUUGGGGAUGUGAGUUGGAUUGACUGGGAGACUGUUUUUGCUUAG